AUGGCUGACCCUAUUCUUCACCCUGAGACCAACCACCACCACCACCACACCCAACCCCUCCGAGAGAUCGCCGUUGACUACACUCCUGAAGCUUGUUCCCACUGCCCGGACUCCAACUCCAUCGCCCUCACCUUCGACCACCGCGGAGGCGCACGGUGGCGCACCACCAACCGAUUCCUUUACGGCACCUUCAGCACCCUCAUCCAAUGCCCCACAGGCAACACCAGUGGCCUCAAUUUCAACAUCUACCUCUCCUCCCUCGAAGGCGACAAAUCCCAAGACGAGAUCGACUUCGAGUUCCUGGGCAAAGACAAGAAGAUCGUGCAAACCAAUUUCUACACUCGCGGGACUGGGAACAGAGAGCAGAUUCACGAUCUGGGAUUUGAUUGCUCGGACGGCUUUCACGAAUAUGUGAUCAAAUGGAGCCGUGAUUCGAUCGAGUGGGUGAUUGAUGGGAAGGUAGUGAGAAGAGAGGAGAGGAAGGAAGGGGACGGAAAUGGUGAAUUAGGGUUUCCUGAGAAGCCAAUGUUUCUGUAUGCUUCGAUUUGGGAUGCUAGCUAUAUCGCUGAGGGAAAUUGGACCGGUAAGUACGAUGGUUCUGGUGCUCCUUAUGUUUGCCUCUAUAAGCACAUCCGUGUACCCAUUGGGACUGCUUGUGAUUCCUGA